AUGUUAAACCAUGUCUCCCACAGGGACAGCAGUCCCAGCAUGGUGUACGUCAUCCUCGGAGUCUGGACGUGGAGUAUGUUCCAGUUUCCUCUCCACCUGUCAGUGUCUACCUCCAGACCUGAUGAAUAUUCAGAGGGGGACCAGGGUGUGUCUCUGCUGGCCAGACUAAGGACAGAUAUCUGGAGCAUGGUGGAGAGCCUCUUCGUUCAGGACGGACCCUUCCUGGUGGUCCGCCUCACCCUCAUCCUCUACUUCCAGGUCAUACACCAGAUGCUCAUCUUCUUCGCCAUCAAGAACUUCCUGGUGGUCAUUCUGAACUUCUACCGUCUGUUUGCCAUCUACUGCGACUACAAGGCUUCAGGUUGAUCUGGGGUUAUUGUCACGACUUCCUCAGAAGUCGGUCCCUCUCCUUGUUCGGGCGACGUUCGGCGAUCGACGUCACUGGUCUUCUAGCCA